CCCCGGCUCACCGGGGCAGGGCUCCGCUAUUUAAGGGUGCCCGACAGCCGGGAGAGCCGUGCCGAGGACGGAAUCCCGAGUGGUUCCGGCAUUGCCUCUUCUGGGAACUUCUCCGCAGGUUUGCUUGGAGACCGCUGAGGAUGUGUGAUCCCAACCAAGGCGCACCACGACCACACCUUGCUGUGUGCCCUCCCGCCCCUCCUGGAUAUGCAGGUCCUGGCACAGGUCCCUACCCUGGUGGCGUGGCAGUCUGCCCCCCGUGCCCUGCUCCGCCUGGCCAUCACCUCCAUGGGCACCCCCCGACGGGGCAUCAUCCCCAUGGGCAUCAUCCCCAUGGGCACCACGAGCACCAUAAGAAGCACCAUAAGAAGCACCAUAAGAAGAAGGACUGCAAGCACCAUGAAGGCAAGCACUCUAGUGGCUCCAGCAGCAGCUCUGACUCUGACUGAACGUCUGGCGUGUCCCACCUGCUCCGCGGUGAUCAGCAAAACAUGAAGCCAAACUCCUCCUGGGAACCCUCGGCGUUUCGCUCCCCUCCCUCCUCCUUUCCCUUGGAAAUCACCUGCCAAGUGAUUUUUCUUGUGUGUAGCUUGUAAAUCCUUUGACCUGGAAUCUCUGAGUCAAUGGACAACAUUUCCACCCUCUAUCUUUUGGGAGAGCCUGCUAAAAGUCAUCACAUGCUGAUUUCCAAUC